UCCCUAUUCAUCAUCAGUAUUCGCUUAGAAUCUAUCCAAUCAAGUACCAAAUCAGUGUUCCACUAAGAAACAGAACAGUCUUCAACAAUGCAAUCCACAACGAUCCUCUGCUUCGCUUUGGUGUGUCUGGCCACGGUCUGUUCGAUGGGAUACGCCCUGCCCCAGGAUGGUGUUCUCACCGAGGAGACUGAGGAGUAUCUGAGGAGUGUGCUUGAUCCCGUGGCUGAAGCCGUUCAUGCAGUAGAGCCAGCGCAGGAACAUCACCGCCAGAGACGAGCCACCUGUGACCUUUUGAGUGGAUUCGGUGUGAACGAUAGCGCCUGCGCCGCUCACUGUAUCCUUCGGGGAAAUCGCGGAGGUUAUUGCAACGGCAAGAAGGUUUGCGUCUGUCGCAACUGAGGUCCUCAAUGCGGCCAAUGUAAAAAUGCACGGUAUGAUGGUUUGGAAACUAGUAAUUAUGAUAAGAUGUUGAAUCAAAUUUUGAUGCUUUCUGUUGAAAUAAUAGACAUGCAAAUAUUUAAAA